UUUUCUCGUUUUAGGAGGAAGCGGGGCGGCGAGCAUGGAGCGUCCGGCGGCCCUGACGGUGCUGCCGUUCUCGGACCCGGCCCACGCGCUGAGCCUGCUGCGGGGUCUGAGCCAGCUCCGCGCCGAGCGCAAGUUCCUGGACGUGACCCUGGAGGCGUCGGGCGGGCGCGCCUUCCCGGCGCACCGGGCCGUGCUGGCGGCCGCCAGCCCCUACUUCCGCGCCAUGUUCGGCGGCCAGCUGCGGGAGAGCCGCGCCGAGCGGGUGCGGCUGCACGGGGUGGCGCCGGACACGCUGCAGCUGCUGCUGGACUUCAGCUACACGGGCCGGGUGGCGGUGAGCGGCGACAACGCGGAGCCGCUGCUCCGCGCCGCCGACCUGCUGCAGUUCCCGGCCGUGAAGGAGGCGUGCGGCGCCUUCCUGCAGCAGCAGCUGGACCCGGCCAACUGCCUGGACAUGCAGGACUUCGCCGAGGCCUUCGGCUGCGCGGGCCUGGCGGGCGCGGCCCAGCGGUUCAUCCUGCGCCACGUGGGCGAGCUGGGCGGCGAGCAGCUGGAGCGGCUGCCCCUGGCCCGCCUGCUGCGCUACCUGCGCGACGACGGGCUGUGCGUGCCCAAGGAGGAGGCCGCCUACCAGCUGGCCCUGCGCUGGGUCCGCGCCGACCCGCCGCGCCGCGCCGCGCACUGGCCGCAGCUGCUGGAGGCCGUCCGCCUCCCCUUCGUCCGCCGCUUCUACCUGCUGGCCCACGUGGAGGCCGAGCCGCUGCUGGCCCGCUGCCCGCCCUGCCUGCGCCUCCUGCAAGAGGCCCGCGACUUCCAGGCCGCCCGCUACGACCGCCACGACCGCGGGCCCUGCCCCCGCAUGCGGCCCCGACCCUCCACCGGCCUGGCCGAGAUCCUCGUCCUCGUCGGCGGCUGCGACCAGGACUGCGACGAGCUGGUCACCGUCGACUGCUACAACCCCCAGACCGGACAGUGGCGUUACCUGGCCGAGUUCCCCGACCACCUGGGCGGCGGCUACGGCGUCGCCGCCCUGGGCAACGACAUCUACGUCACCGGGGGAUCUGACGGAUCGCGACUCUACGACUGCGUGUGGAGGUACAACUCCAGUGUGAACGAGUGGACGGAGGUGUCCCCCAUGCUGAAGGCCCGGGAGUAUCACAGUUCCACGGUGCUGGACGGGCUGCUGUACGUGAUCGCGUCGGACAGCACGGAGCGCUAUGACCACACCACCGACUCCUGGGAAGCGCUGCAACCCAUGCUCUACCCCAUGGAUAACUGCUCCACCACCGCCUGCAGGGGAAAGCUCUUCGCCAUCGGCUCCCUGGCCGGCAAGGAGGCCAUGGUCAUCCAGUGCUACGACCCCGACACCGACUUGUGGUCCCUGGUCAACUGUGGGCAACUCCCCCCCUGGUCUUUUGCCCCCAAGACGGUGACCCUUAAUGGCCUCAUGUACUUUGUAAGGGACGACUCCGCAGAAGUGGACGUCUACAAUCCUGUGAAGAAUGAAUGGGACAAGAUCCCUUCCAUGAAUCAGGUUCACGUAGGGGGCAGCCUGGCUGUGCUGGGUGGAAAGCUGUACGUUUCCGGCGGGUACGAUAACACUUUUGAGCUCUCCGACGUGGUGGAAGCUUUUGAUCCCGAGACACGGGCGUGGAGUGUGGUGGGGCGCCUCCCCGAGCCCACCUUCUGGCACGGCAGCGUCAGCAUCUUCCGUCAGUUCAUGCCCCAGACCCCCGCGAGCGGGCACGGCUUUACCCUGGACAAUGCCAACCGGGAGAUGAACUCCCUGAACUUGAACCGGCAGCGGCAGAACCUGCAGAACCAAAACCUGAAUGAGCUGCGUUAGCCCCGGCCUCCCCCCCACCCCCACCCCCAACCAGCUCCUGCAGCUCGGGAGCUCGAUUGAAAACCAGCCGUUCUUUUGGGGCGUGGGGAGAAGGGGGCGGGUGGCCCUGGUGGCUCGAAAGCCCCCGGGUGACUCGAGUUAGAGGCGGCGGGAAGUCCCACCCAGGCUGACCGUGCUGUUCCGAGAGACAUUGAUUGGGUUGGCGGCAAGUUGGAAGCUUCUGGGCUAAGGGCCCACUUUGUGAUGCUGGGGAGAGUUCCACUGCUGCUUUACAGCAGGAGAAGAGAGGCGCUUAAUUCCCCUUUGUUUCCAGAGAGGCACCCCCCUCCCCCGUGUUCUUACCCCAACACCGGCAUGUGCCGUCCUGAUGGUCCUCUUGCUCUCCGUGUCCCAUACUUGACCCGCUGUGUGGUGUGGAUGUGGCACUUGGCCAGUAAGGACCCAGUUCUCCUCCCCGGCGGCUCUGGUAAAUGACUCAGUGACCAUUUGGCCCCUGGAGCUGAGCGGGACCAGGUCUGUCCGUGUGUCUGGCCCUUCCGCUGUGGUCCUGCUGGGUUCCGCCAGAAGGAAACUCCUUCCCAUCAUCGCGGCCCUCGCUUCUUGGUGGGGCCGUGGCA